GUUGGACAAGAAUUUCCUUCAUUCCUUUGGUUCUUGGCCCCCGGAAUGCAUAGCACUGGGCAAAAGUCUACCCUUCGAGGGGCUCGAAAAGUGCGUGUUGGUCCAAGAGCACAACUAGCAUGUAUCAACUGCAAGACAAGAAAGCAAAAGUGUGAUAAUCAAGUACCGUCAUGCGCAAAUUGCCAACGCUUUGGCCUCGCUUGCUUCGUCGAAGAUCCUGUGACGGGACGGCACCAGCCCCGUAAUUACGUCGAAACUUUGGAAGCAAGGGUUGGGUUUCUCGAAGAACAGUUACGACGAUCAGUAGGGACUGCUUAUACUCCCCUUGAUGAAACCCGGAGGAUCGAGAACUCGCCUACUUGCUCCCGCACGCCGAGGGACCAGACAGUUGAGGCAGACGAGAGCUCCAGUGAUCUCUCCAACCAAGUCGGAAGGCUUGGCCUGUUGGUGGAUGGAGAAGAACCUCAUUAUUUAGGCUCAUCAUCUGCCUUUUCCUUUUCACGCCUUAUACAUUCCUCUCUUCGCCAGUCCUUGGUGCAAGGCGACCCAAAGCCCCUCGAUUUCCACCUACGGGAUACAGUGGAGCCGUCCCCGUGCUGUCUCCCCGACUAUGAGGUAGCCAUGUCCCUGAGCAAUGCGUAUUUUGAGAACAUUCACCCCCAAUAUCCUUUCUUGCAUGAACCCACAUUUAGGAGAUGGGAAAGAUCACUCAUAGGGCCUAUUGGGCUCGUGGAGGACCUAAGCUUUGGUCCCGUGGCCACGUUUUUCGUCUAUAUGACAUAUGCCAUCGGGGCUCUGCUUCUAGAGAACUCGGGAUCCCUGUCACAGCAAUUAUACGCGUCAGCCCAAGUAUAUAUCGACAACGUCUUGUCUCGCAAUAACCUUGAGACAAUACAGGCCAUUCUGUCCUAUACCAUGUACUCCUUGAGAAGCUCCGUAGGCCCUUCUGUCUGGAAAUUAUCAGGUCUCGCAUUACGCCAAUGCAUUGAACUUGGAUAUCACCGCAGUUCCAAGCGGUUUGGCUCAGUCUCAGACCCUCUCCGGCUUGAAUUGCAAAAGAGGGUCUUUUGGUGUGCCUUUGGCAUCGACUGUGUAGCUGCCCUGACGUUGGGACGUCCCUUGGGCAUUCCUCUGCAAGAGGUUGAUGCUGAGUUGCCGAUGGACAUCGAUGACGCGAACGUAACUGAAACUGGGCUUCUGGCGAGUCCACGGAAUCCCACAAGCGAGGCAUGCACAACAACGUCAACCGCACUACAUGUGUUUCGUCUUCGUCGGAUUUGGGCCCAAAUACAUGGCUCCCUCUAUUCCGACGUCAACGGGGGGAUUGACCAGGCUACCAGAGACCAUAAAAUCAUCAUGUUUCGUGCUCAAAUCGAUGAUUGGCUUGGCUCUGUUCCUCCAAUCCCGACCCGUACUGGUCCCGCCUUAUCCAUCUUCGCAACACAAGACUGGUAUGACCUCAACUACAACGAGACAAUUGUAAUGCUUUACAGGUGCCAGAUUACCGGGAAAGAGGGCGACAGAAAUGGAGAAGUGCUUUUGGAGUGUGCUAAAGCUGCCGCGAGCAUAUGUCUUGGGUAUCGACGACAAUAUAUCGGACGUGCUGUUAACUACACCUGGAGUACCCUACACGUUAUUUUCUCGGCUGGCCUGACCUACCUACACUGUCUUUGGGCCUCGGAUCAAUUGCGUCAAGCGACCAGCAUCACUGAGAUGAGCACUAUUCUCACGAGCUGCACCAUGCUUCUGGUAGUAAUAGCCGAGCGGUGGAAGAAGGCUGCCCCUUACAGAGACAUUUUUGAGGCCUUCUGCAGCCGCACGACCUCGAUGAUGGCAAAUCGGGGCAGCCAACAGCCAUCAUUGCCGCCAUCGAUGGAGCCGAGCUCUGCUGAAACGGAAAGGUUUGCGGAAUGGAUGGCUAACAUCUCGAGCUUGGGGAUGUCUGAGGCGGUGGAUGAUUUGUUAACUGGAUUAAUCACGGAUGUCGAGCCUCAGGAAGAGGCGGAAUACCAUACCUAG